GAUGUCAAAUAUAUAUAAAUUAAGUGAUCCAUUUUUAAUAUUUGCAUCAAAGACUGAUGGACAUUCAUUAAAAUAAUUAUAUUUUAAAUGUUAAGAUUUUACAGAUUAUCCUGUUCUCUUAGUAAUCUAAACAAAUUAAAAUAUUGUACUUAUUUUAUAUUAAUUUAAUAGAUAUUUGGUGCUUUUUGUGAUAAGAUGUUUGAAAUUAAAAAUAAGUAUGUUGGUUCACAUGAAACAUUUCUAUUCACUCUAGAACCAGAAGAGAGAAAAUACAAUCCAACAUCAGGAAAUAAAGAUUUUAUGAUGUGUGCUUCAGAUUAUUUAGCAUUUGGAAGUGGAAAGUAAUCAUUUAUUUAUAUCUUUAGGAAUGGACCUGCAUUUUAACUUGAUUCAGAAUUAAAUAGAGGUUUUACUUAUCAAAGUGACACCUAUGAUAAUCCAUUAUUUACAGACUAGAAAACUUAAAAUAGAUUCAAAUGCUUAUGUAUUGAAGUUUAUUAUCUAAAAUGA